UGUUGAUGUUGUGUGUGACUUCACUUCCGGUCAGCGUCCUCUCUCCCUCUCCCUCUCAUUCAGAUGAUGGACACUCAGAAGGAAGCUCUGUGCAGGAUCAUCAGCACGUUAGCCAAUAAGAAUGAAGAGCUCCAAAACUUCCUGGAAACAGUCGACAACACACUGACGGGACUCCAGGAGGAGUCAUGUAAUGUGACAUUGGAGCUGGAGGCGGAGCUAGAGCAGCUAAGCUCCGCCCUGGAAGAGAAAGGGGCGGCGCUUCGUGAUGUAAUUAAAGAGGAGAAGCAGAGGAAAGAGGCGGAGCUUCAGAAGCAGAUAUCGGAGGGGAAGUCCGCUCUGCUGUCGUGUGAAGAACUGCUUGAGUUCGCAAAUCAGACGCUGACGAUCACCAACGAAGAAGAAUUCCUCAAGGCUGCAAAACAAAUCAAAGAAAGGGUAACCAUGGCUCCAGCAUUCCGGCUGACGACUCGUCCGGCGGUGUCGGAGAACAUGUCACAAUUUACUGUUGACUUCAGCACGGAGAGGGCGGGGCUUCAACGACUUCACUUCCUGCCAGUUCCCAGAGCUCCAGAGAUCGACGUCUCCAUCUGCGUCGUCCGUGAUAACACCAUCGUGGUUGCCUGGCAACCUGCCGGUGAGGCCGACAGCGACAGCGGACGAAUCGAACGCUACGAACUCGAAUACCGAAAAACGAACCGGGACAACUCGUUGAGAGCCACAGGAGAUGCAUGCUGGGAAAAAAUCCAGGACAUCAGUGAGACACACGUAACCAUCUCAGGUCUGAAGUUUGAUUCUCGCUUCGUCGUCGUUCGAGUUCGAGCGAGAAACAAAGCGGCCGCCGGCGAGUUCUCUGAGCCCGUUGCCAUGGAAACCAGAGCGUAUAACUUCGGCUUUGACGCGGUGACGGCUCACGCUGAGUUGAAGGUUCAGGUCGACACUGUGACCUGGGAGCCGCAGGGGCUCAAAGGUCACGACCCCCGACUGAGAGGAAAAGAGAACAAAAGCAGCAGCCGGAGCGCCACACCGUCGCCCAAUAAAACAGCGGGAAGUCGAGCAGGACGCGACCGAUUCGCUGGAGAGUCGUACACCGUGCUGGGUGACCAGGAGAUAACAGGCGGCUGUCACUACUGGGAGCUCCGCCCCCUCACUGACUGGAAGUCGUUCAGUGUGGGCGUGGCCUAUCGGGCAAGUCUGGGCCGUUUUGACCAAUUAGGGAAAAAUGUUGGCUCGUGGUGUCUCCACGCCAGCCAAUGGCUGCAGAGCUCGCUCGCUGCGAAGCACAACAACAAAGCGAAGGCUCUCGAUUGGCCGCUGCCUCAGCGAAUCGGAAUCUACUGCGACUACGACAACGGUGAUUUAUCGUUUAUCGAUGCUGAUCGACCUCGUCUGCUUCACUCCUUCAAAACAAAGUUCAGCCAGCCGCUGCUCCCCGCCUUCACAGUUUGGUGCGGCGGUAUCACCAUAACAACGGGCCUGCAGGUGCCGAGCUUCAUGGGUAAUUUCCUCUCCACCAAUCGGAGCCUCAGCAACUUGUCGCAGUAGAUCGACUUUCUCUCAUCACCUGUUUUUAUUUUAGGUUAAUUAUUAUUAAUUUAUUAAUUUUAUACAUUUGUAUUCAUGAAUUUUAAUUUAUUCCAUAAAUAAUAUGAUAUAAUAUAUAUAUAGAAAAUACUUGUGAUUUGUUGUCUUUAUGAAAUAUAAAAUAAAUGUGAUAUUUUAAAACCUUAAAUGAAUUAAGAAGAUAUAGAUUAUUGUUAACUGCUCUGUUUUGACAGUCUGGACCUGAAGCCAUAGUUUUAGUUUGAGAGCUUUUACUUUGAAGGUGUAUAACAUUGGCUGUUAGCUAGGGCUUUUAUUUUGACGUAUUUUGAAAACAGAGUUGCGUUCACAAGUGCCGACUGCUGUUUGCAAACCGUGUACAUAAACACCAGCCGGUGAUAUGAAACUAUAUUAAAACAUCACAAACGGCAGGAAAGAGGAGACAAUAAAGACAUCAUCGGCUUUCAAUAGUAAACGUGUUGUUUUUAAAUGUCAGACUUUUAUUUUGAAGAUAGCAUCAGGGAAGAAAAGAUUGCCUAUUCCCUCUGGCUUUUAUUUUGAAGGCUGCAACAAGCUGUGAUUUAUGUUGACGUUAAUGAGUAAAUUAUAUGUUUGAAGUUUGUGUGAAAGACUUUUAUCAUGAAAGACUUUAUUAGAUUUAGUGUUGUGCAUUCCUAAUGGCUUUUAUUUUGAAGGUUAUGAUCAAAUGUUCCGUCACUUUAAACCAAAUGACUGACUUUUAUUUUGAAGAUCCAAUCUUAAAAUCGUACUUUUAUAGAUUUUUCUUUUUUUUUUCACUUGAUGUUAAUAUCUGACCUGGAAUCAGAGCUCAUUUAUACUGAAAAUAUAAUAACUAAAAAGGUUUGUAUUUAUUGAUUCAUCAUGUUUGUCACGUAGGAAAUCAGCUCUGAUUUGAAUGUUUUAUAUAGAACAUUAUGAUUAACUGUGAAAAAAUAAAAUAAAGUUUAAAACUA